AGUACCGUCUUGUAACGUCAAGCGUGCCAACUGUCGUGAAAGCACAUUGACGCAGAAAGAAGCGAAAAUGACGCUAAUUAGUCAGUUUUAUUAUUUGUUCUUAAGUUUGUAAAAAUUGUAUGUCGUAUAAAAUCCAUCUUUGAGUCUUUAUUUCAGAAAAAAAAAAUCGUCUCAGUGCGCGAGAAGCUUCUCGUGCUAGCUAGCUGAGCUUGCUAGUUAGCUUAGCGUGAUAGCUGCUAACAAAGAGACGCGGACGUUAUCAACACAUCGCUAAGUAGAGAUCAAAUGUGAGUGUAAAGUGUUGUGAUUGUGUGAAAAUGUGCGAAAGAACGAUAGCAAAGUAUGAGGAGGAACUGUGUCCAACAAAAGAGGAGAAGGAGCGACAACAUCAACUACUGGACGCUGUUUUCAAGAAACAUCAAGUUGUGUUACACAGAACAGACGUCCAGCAGCCCCCUCACAUUAAAGAGGAAGAGGAAGAUCCACAGCCCCCACACAUUAAAGAGGAAGAGGAGGAAGUGUGGAUCACUCAGGAGGGAGAGUGUCUUCUAGGGCAGGAGGAGGAUGAUGUCAGCAAGUUUCCACUGACUGUUGUCUCUGUGAAGACUGAAGAGCAUGAAGACAAACCACCUGAGUCCUCACAGCUUCAUCACAGUCCAAACGUCCAGCGGGUGUCAGCAGAGAGUCAAGAAGAGAUUCCCUCCAAGCAGCAGGAGUGGAGCUCCAGUGUGGGACAGAAGGAGCUACAGGCCCUCUCCCACAUUAAAGAGGAAGAGGAGGAACUGUGGGAGCAGCUUCAAAGGUUGGAGGAGGCUAAUGAUGAAGAUGAAGCUCAGUCCUUACAGCUUCAUCACAAUCAAAGUGAGGAGAACAGAGGGGCGGAGCUUGUAAGUCAACACAUCACAGAAGCUGAUGGAGAGCAUUGUGAAGAUAUAAAGUCAGAACCAGACAGCAUCUUUGCUCCACUGUCAGACAUGGACCACAUGAUGUCAGACUCUUCUGAUCACAGUGACCACAUCCAAAAACCUCUGGAGAGUAAAAAUGAGUCUAAAGGUGAUAGGAGACAUCACACUAACAACAAACACUUUGACUGCUCUGAAUGUGGGAAAUCAUUUAGACUGAAGACUAAUUUAACAAGACACGUGAGAAUACAUACUGGAGAGAAACCUUUUACUUGCUCUGUUUGCAAGAAGAGUUUCUCCACAAAACAUUACAUGAACACACACAUGAGAACACACACUGGAGAGAAACCGUUUUCUUGCUCAGCUUGUGCUAAAAGAUUCAACACUAAGAAGAACAUGAUAUUACACAUGAGAAGACACACAGGUGAUAAACCUUUUACUUGCUCCGUUUGUAAGAAGGGUUUCUCCAGAAAGAAAAUCAUGACCACACACAUGAGAACACACACUGGUGAGAAACCUUUUACUUGCUCCGUUUGUAAGAAGAGUUUCUCCAGGAAGGAAACCGUGACCACACACAUGAGAACACACACUGGGGAGAAACCGUUUAAUUGCACUGUGUGUGAUAAAACAUUCAGGUUUAAGAAUCAGGUCAGUAAACACAAGUGUGUAACAGUCAUGGAAGCUGCAGGGAUUUAAAAACACUUAAACAGUGAUUGUGCUAAAUGUAGUUUAAAAACCCAGCAUGUUUAAUAUGAAUGUAUAUUUGAUGUUGUAUGUAGUGCUUCUCAUCUUCUAGUCUUAUAUGUUGGCCUGGAGUUGUGUGCAUGUAUUGAAUAUUAUAUAUGUAGCUACUAUUUUAUUCUAUUUUCUCAUUGUUAAAGCGAGGACAUAUUAUUUUCAU